ACUUAUACUCGUUCGCGUACGUUGACGUUAAUACGUCUCACUCCUAUGUGGGGCGGAUGUCAGCUGUCAUUUACGCACGCUCACGCACGUCACAGUUUUCGUAAGAAAAGAAAUCGUGGGAAUAUUCCGUUUCGCUUUUACAUGUUAAUUUGUGAUCACUAAACUAUGUUAUUAUAAUACUGUAUUGUGUUUUGUGACAAUACUAUAGUGAGUAGUGCUAAACAUUGACAAUGGCCAACAAUCGAAUUCCUUCUGGCCCCAACACACCAGGUAGCCAACAAACGCCUACACAACAAGGGAUAAAGAUAUUUAUACAGAGGGACUAUUCCGAUGGCACGGCAGUGAAGUUCCAGACAAGAUUCCCUCCAGAAUUGGAGGACAGAAUCGACAGACAGACCUUUGAAUACACAAUGGACCGCCUCAAUGAACACUUUGAAAUGGCAGAAUCGGCAGAUUGCAGCACAUAUUGCGAAGGCUGCCUUGCUUGUUUGACUGCUUACUUUAUAUAUAUCUGCACUGAAACGCACUAUGAAAAGCACCUAAGGAAAGUAUCCAAAUUCAUAACGACACAGAACGAGCGCAUAUACAACCCCCGAGGCAUUCACAUUACCGACCCUAUUCUUAGGGGGUUAAGAGUCAUCGAAAUUACCGUAAUAGACGUGCCCAACUGCCAGAGUCCGACUGGAAACUCAAAUAGCACCAUGAGGCACACCUGACCACCCCAUGAUAGCAGGGAGUUCUUCAUGUAACAAACACGAUAUUGGUUUUAGAAACCAUACAGAUACAAGCGGUGAUAAUCAUCCAAAACAAACUAAUAGUGCAGUGUUGAAAGACUAGUUAGUGCUUGCAAAUCGAACGUGAGUCUUUUGUUUAUAGGCCGAGUUAUCAUUAGAUAGUAACAUAUUGAAAGUGGUAGCGUAAUAAUCGAAAAGAAGGAGUGAGAGCCACGAGUGAGAUAGCGGUUGUAUUGUGUCCUCUCUAACGGGGUCGGUUUGUAUAAUCUGUCUAUAAUAUAGUUUGAUUUUAUGUGCCCACUGUAAGGUUUGAUUGUAAAUAAUGGUGUUGCAGCCUGAAUAUUUAUUGUAGAACACAAAAUUUAAUGUUGAUAUGAUUGAAUUUAGCGAAACGAAUAAUUAAUUAGUGUACAGACGAUUUCAUAAUGGUACAUUUGUAUUGAAAUGGAACAUGAUUAAAUUUUAAACACAUGAAGAUGGAAACUUAAGGUUUUUUUAAUGACCUACCUUUGUAAGUUUUGUAUCUAUUUUAAUAAAGUAUUGGAGUAGUUUUUGAUACCAUUUUGCUUUUGAUUAGUCACAUGAACAAUUUACUUAGAGAGUGUAGCACCAAACAAUGUGGUUUCACUAGUCGGUCAACAACAUAAUUAAACUUUAUUUCACAGUGGAUAAAGUUGCUUUUUCAUCACAUUCGAUUCAUUGUAACAUUAGUAUGUCUUGACUGAUUUUAAUUUGUAUGAAAAGAACUCCCUAAGCCAAAAUUAUCUUCCAAGCUCAGAUGAAUUGUACGUAUUGUUAUGUAGUAGCUACUAGCUAGGUGUAAGCGGUUUCGGUAUAUAUAACUACCAUUGUGAUUCACAUAACUUAUGAUUUAAGGCAGGCCAUGACAUACGGAUUGGUUGGGAAGUCAAAGAAAUUGUCAUCAAUGUGAAUAUAUAAAAAUCGACUUUAUUGUUAGUGCGUUUACGGUUCACUUUUGCCUUUUUCUAUGCAAUAACAUUGUCUUAUUUAAGAAAGAAUAGAGUUGAUUUUGCAUUGGUGUCAAAUUCUGUCGCUUCCCCCACUUCUUCAUCCGUGUCUGCCGAUUCGAUAUCAUUAGAAUUAACUUUAUUUUCGUAUUUGAAAUUAAUUAGUUUAUUAAAUUUUUUUAAUGACAACACAACUGAAAGUUUUUUCGUGCACUAAACUUACAGUCGGUGUCAAUUGAAUGCUAUAUUAUGUUUUUAGUUAUAAUUAUAUUAAGUUAUUAUUAAUUUACUUUAUCACCGUAAAUGUGAAGAACUCCUAUCUUCCUCAAGUCUUUCAAAGGGAAAUUAUGCUGUUUGAUCGAGCACUUAAAAAGGUGCAAAGUUGUAUUUUUUUCUAAAUUGAAUAUAAACUCUAUAUCAGUCCUAUUAAAGUUUAAUAUCUAUUCGAGGCAAUUUGACAGGUUUUCAAAGUUCCAUAUUACGAAUGUGGCUCUUAUGACAACUCAGUAAGGUCAAUAAUAAAUUGUACUUACCUAUGUGACCUUGAUUUGACCUUGUAAUAAAAUAAUUGACAUAUGUUUAGAUGUGUCAACUGUAUCCAACCGUUGUUUAUAUAAAACAUUGUAUGGCAAAAACCUGUCUGCUCUUAAAGUUAAAUGGUGAUCCUGAGUGCAAUCAUCUGCAAUACAGUUCAAACACAGUUGUAUAACUGAUACAGUUUGCACAUCUACAUUCAAUGAUAAUUCCAAAAGACGGGUAAAAAAUUUAAUAAGGCUAAAAUUUAUACAAGAUAGAUUUACUCUUGAAACCCAAUCCCGAGAGAUGAUCGCCUUACUUCAUUGCUUUGUCUAUUCUAUAUAUUUAAUGAAUAAUAUACAGGGCGUCCCACGGCUACCUCACACGGAGGGAAAGUAUAUUAAAUAUUGAAGAUAGGAUAUUUUACUAAAAGAAGACAUCAUUUUAUUUUUACUAAUAACUAGAACUGCAUUCACAGUUUUUUUUUAAAUCGCCAAUCAGUUGUAAUAAACUAUGAAUCAAAUUGUGAAAUAUUGAAAAAAAAAACAACAUAUUUUAUGAUAACCAUCAAAAGGGUUAAUAAUGAGGAUUAUUUUUUGCUAAAUAACAUUUAUAAUUAAAUUAAUAAGCAUUUUAAAUGAAAGAAAAGUAAUUAAAUUUAACACAUUAAACACACAUCGAAAAGGUACGUCUCUAUCAGGUACAAAGCUAAUAAUUAUGUCUUUGUGGUUCAUAAAGUAAGCUUCCAUUAAAUCCAUUUUAUUUUGAUACGCAAUGGUAAGUAAAUUAACAAAAAAAUGUAAAAAUAUGAAAAUGAAACACACAAAAAACAAAAGAACAGCCGCUUGAAAUAUUAUGUGUUCCAUUUUGGAAUUAUUAUUUUUAUAAAUUUCAGCCAAUCGCAUUGAAACUGAGAGUUCAAAAAGAAAGCAUACGUACUACAGUUUGUAUAUCCCUUUAUUAUUUUUGUCACGUAAUAAGACAUUCCUUUCAUUAAAAAGGCUAUGUUAUUUAGCAAAAAAUAAUCCUCAUGAUUAACCCUUUCGAUGGUUGUCAUAAAAUAUGUGGUUUUUUUUCGAAAUCUCACGAGUUUGAUUCCCAGUUGUAGCAGGCGAUUUUUAAAAAAUCUGUGAAUGCAGUUCUAGUUAUUAUUAAAAAUAAAAUGAUGUCUUCUUUCAGAAAAAUAUCCCUAAUAUAUCUUCAAUAUUUCAUAUGUGAGGUAGCCGUGGGACGCACUGUAUAGUUUCGUCAUUGAUGAUACAAAAUGACGUGCUGACAACUUGGUAUCUAUGAUGUCAUAAACGCUAAAAGAAGCUAAAGCAAUAAAAAUGGCGCUUGACCUCUAAAAACUCAUGACCUUGUUGUUGUUGAUCUCUUUGACGAUGCAACUGUGUUAUUUCGCAAAGUUGCUCUGCAACAAUAUCAUAGUUUUUUAUUUCCAGUUUUGGUUAGCGAGCGUCUUUGUAAGCGCAAAUAUCACAUUAGUACAGUUUAUACAAUUAUUGUAUGAGUUAAACAAAAACUGACCCGAUUCCAAUUGGAUUUCGAUUCCAAGCGUUUCAAGAGUAUAGUUAAGUAGGAAUAUUUAGUUGUGUAUUAUUAAUCAGAUUGUAUUAGAAAAUUUCUUCAUAUCGUAUUCGAGUGAGGCUAAGCGUGCGUGAGUUUUUGUGAUGGGUCGCCUUAACUUAGUUGUGAUUUUCGUUGAAACAAAUAUACGCAAUUAGCAAUUAAAAAUAUUGUUGUUCUCUAAUCCUAAUUUGGUGGCAAACUAACAUUUUGAAGAUUUUUAGUUUUACAUCCCUUUCUUUCGCGUAACUAGCUGACUUGCUACGCAAUUUGCACCUUUCUCUCUAUAGACAAAGAAUUUGUUAAUACUGUAAAAACAGACAGAUGAAAUGUACAAAAUCACAAUAUAUAUGAAGACUUUUUAUAUGUAAAACGAUUUCUUUCUUUUUCAUAUCGUAUCCGUAAUCCAUAAUAUUUAUGCCCGAUUUUUUUAUUUGAAAUUAUUCCACAAUCACAAUGAUAGACUGUAUAGUAACCACAAUAUGGUCUAGUUUUGUUUGCCGCCUCUACACUGUAAGUAUAAAUUUGGAAAUUAAUAUUUAAAUGUAAGCGAUACAUGAUGUUGUUUCAUCUUGUUACAGCCGUACUCAGAAAUGUCACAUACAUUUAACGCUUCACGAUGUCACGUGUCGUGAAAGUAAAUUGACUUUUCUGAGUGCAGGCCUUAGUAUAUGGGUUUGAUGGUUGACAAUUUAGUCCUUUCUUUCUCGUAGUCUUAACUAUUUACAGGGCCGGAUUUAGGGUAGAGCAAGCGGGGCUGUGGCCCAGGGGCCUCCGCAAGAGAAGGGCAACAGUCAAAAUAAUAUUAAAAUUCGACAGGUGGAGUCAGCAACGUUCCAAACAGCAUAUUUCCGCAUUUUAAUUUAGAAAUAAAGAGUUAUACGGUGGGGCGCACAUUGUAAGAGCCCAGGACCUCUGGCCUUUCGUUACCCUAGGACCCCUACACUUCUUAAUCCGGACCUGGCUUUUAAAUUAACUGGUUACACCUGGGUUUAUUAGUUUUUAGUCAAAUUAACAACAAAAUAAAUCCUUAAUGCCUAACAAAAAAUUAUAAACGCUGUUUCAAUUUGGUAUUUUAAUUAUAAGAUGUAAUUUAUCGAUAAAUUAAAUAAAUAGUUGAUAGUUUGAAUACGAAAAAGAAAGGCAUUUUUAUUACGAUAAUUUUGGUGAGAUUUUGUGAGGCGUGUGAACUCUAGUUUUGGGGGCAGAAUUGACAAUUCUUACAUAUCUCGUUGCAUUUUCUUGAUUGAUUGAUGUUAGACGAAUAACACCCUACACCUUUUAAUUUAUAGAUUGAUUUUGCCUCGUCAAACGAUUGCUGAAUUCCAUUAAAGUAUAUAUUUACUUGCCAUUCUAUAAUUUUGUUAAUUAUUAUUAUCCAUUUUAAAGUAGAAAAUCUGAUGCAUUGAGUGCAAAAGCUUUCAUUAUACAUAAUUACUUAUUUUUUGCUUACCAACAUAUACACCAAUGCUUAUUUAUGUAAUGACCGCCAUAGACAAGUGAUUUGAUCAAACAAGUUAGUUCAAACAGUUUGAUCAAGUUCGUAUAAAUAUGUGUGGGAAAUUUUGAUCAUAACGAGUUGCCGAUUGGGACGAAGAAAUAUGAAAAUUUCCAAUAUCUGUUUGAUCAAACUGUUUGAAUCAGUCUGUUUGAUCAAAUCAUAUCAACGUCUGUGGCGCUAGAAAGCACUUAAACCCAAACCUGACGAGGACUUCAAUAGUUUUUGAGGAAUUAUUAAAAAAAAUUGAAAUUACUGUGUCGAGUUUAAACCUUCCUCUGAUAGGGUUCAAACCAGGGCUUGUUUAUCGGUUAAUUUUCAAACCUUAAUCAGUGUCAAGUACAUAAGGAGCGUUUUAUUUAGGUUUGGCUCUACCUUAACCUUAAAAAAACCGGUUUUCAUAAAGAGCGAAAUCAAAUAGGUUUUGAAUCAAUUUAGCGGUUUUUAAAGGGUUUCAUUUCGCUCUAUCUGACGGCAUCGAUAAUAAAUGAACAACUUGACUCACUAGAUGCUAGCAAUCGUGUCAAUAAAUGCAUCAAUCUCUGAGCAUUAACAAGUUGUGACUUGAUUAGUUCAAACAAAACAAACUUUAAGCGAUGCCGACGCGUGCACGUGGCGCUCUGGAUUAAACCGGUUUAUUAAGGUUUUAGGUACCGCUUUCAUUUCGGACGCGCUCUGAACAAAACCUUUACUAAAAACCGGUAUUAACAUUUAUUUAUCGGUAUUUUCGAAACCGGUUUCAAGCCCUGGCUGAAAGAUCAGAAUAGAUUGCAGUAUUUGAGUUUUUUUGGCUGUCUGGUGUUUCGCAUGCCGCCACUGUUGGCAAGUCUCGCUUUUACGGGUCAUCCUGCGUUUUCAAUAAAUAUUUCCCCCCUAAAGCUCCCGAUUUUAUAAUAAUGUAAUGCCGGCACUUCACUUGGCUAUUCGUAUCUGCUGUUUGUCAGACAGCAGGUCGUUCAUAUCGUUCUCCUUUGUAAGUAAAAAAGGAGAAACUGUUAUCAAGUUUACAAAUGCCAAACUUCAAUAGCCAAGUGUAGUGCCGGCAUAAAACAAAAAUGUUGAAUGUGUAGCCUAAAAUAUAUUGUAACUCGAUAAAGUUGCUGUUACGUUGACAGCAAAACUAGCGUUUAUCACGCCAUAGACGUCUCUGGCGUACUUUUUCCGAGUUGCAACCCCUCCCCCACCCCAUAAUUGGUUAAUCAAACCAAGAUAUAGGCCAGUAACGAAUGUGUUUCUGUGGCUUCUGCCGCUUAAAGCUCGUUUUUAAUUAAGUAAAUAAUUAAGGUUGCCUACAUUAUUAAUGGCGGAAAAUGCAACUCAAUAUGCAAUUUGAAAAAGAAAAUCGAAUUCUAAGAAACAAACAGUAGAUUCAUGUAGAAAACCAGUGGAACGGGAGAAAUUUUAGAAAAACGAGGUCUCCUGUAAUAUCGGGAGACCUGGUUCGGCGCUCCCUGAGACCGCUGCGUCCGCGUGCAACACACACCCUGACUCGUAGCUAAAGCCACCUCUACUGCUAUUGCAAGCAGGGCUUGAAACCGGUUUCAAAAAUACCGGUAAAUAAAGAUUAAUACCGGUUUUUUAGUAAAGGUCUUGUUCGGAGCGCGUCCGAAAUGAAAGCGGUACCUAAAACCUUAAUAAACCAGUUUAAUCCAGAGCGACACGUGCACGCGUCGGCAACGCUUGCAGUUCGUUUUGUUUGAACUAAUCAAGUCACAACUUGUUAAUGCUCAGAGAUUGAUGCAUUUAUUGACACGUUUGCUAGCGUCAAGUUAUUCAUUAUGUAGUUGUGUAUUUAUUUCAGCCGUCAGUGAGAGCGAAAUGAAAAGUUUUUAAAAACCUCUAAAUUGCUUCAAAACCUAUGCGAUUUCGCUUUUUAGGAAAACCGUUUUUUUUAAGGUUAAGGGAGAGCCUAAUGUACUUGACACUUGAUUUAGGUUUGAAAAUUAACCGGUAAACAAGCCCUGAUUGCAAGUGUCAACAGGGAUCUGUAGACCAUCAUGCGAACCUUAGUUAUCACGCUUUCCACAUAAAAAAGCAAUGGGAGUCUUACAUUAAAAAGUAUUGAAAUUACAUUAUUGAUUUAAGUACAUUAAAAUGCAUCAAAUUUUAAAAUGGCAAUUCCAUAUGUAAACACACACCACUUAUGUAUAUAAAGAAUAAUUUGUGAAAUAGUGUAAAGAUAAAAGUUUAUAUGUAUCAGUUGUUAUUUCGUGCAAUAUGGAGAUCAAUAUGUAAAAUGACGUAAGCAAUUGUAUGUAUAAAAUGCACAGAACUAUAUAUUAUAUGUAAUGAAUGAUAAAAUUAAUAAAGAAAAGAUUGAUAUUAGAUUUAAUACGAAAAAGUAAUAAAAACUACAUUUUAAAAUCUUUCUGUACUAAUAAUUUUUAGUGUUAAGCCGAUAUAGAUAUAUUGUAAAGAAUAUUAUAUGACCCGUAUUAAAUAUUUGGAAUUAUACAUAGAUGUG